UAAACGGCGAGCAAACGCUUCCUGUUUUGUUGACUGCAAUACACACGAGUGAAGGACCAAAAGCCAAACAUUUGGUGUAUUUAAUCAUCUUUAUCGGGAAAAAUACAUCACCAACACAUGAGUAAAGUUGAAGACUAUUUCUAAAGUCGCUGGUUAAACUUUAUGUUUACAGCCGAGUAUAUCCUAACGUUAUUGAAAAGUCCGGUAGCUUUUAAACGUUAGAUUCGGUUGAAAACGUUAAGAUGCCGUCCCGUGUUGAAGACUACGAGUUGCUGUUCACCAUAGGAACGGGUUCCUAUGGGAAAUGCCAGAAAAUAAGAAGGAAAUCUGAUGGGAAAAUCCUUGUGUGGAAGGAGCUGGACUAUGGCACCAUGGGAGAGAGUGAAAAGCAGAUGCUGGUGUCAGAGGUGAACCUCCUGAGGGAGCUCAAGCACCCAAACAUCGUGAAGUACUAUGACCGCAUCAUAGACCGGAUUAAUGCCAAGCUAUACAUUGUCAUGGAGUACUGCGAGGGUGGGGACCUGUCCAGCCUCAUCGCCCAAUGCAUCAAAGUAGGUCGUUAUUUGGAGGAGCAGUUUGUCCUGCGAGUCAUGGCACAGCUCAUGUUGGCCCUGAAGGAGUGCCACAAACGCAGUGACGGCAGGGCUACAGUCCUUCAUCGAGACCUGAAACCAGCCAACAUCUUCCUCGACAUCAAACAGAAUGUGAAGCUCGGAGACUUUGGCCUCGCGAGGAUCCUGAACCAUGACACCAGUUUUGCAAAGACAUUUGUCGGCACACCUUACUACAUGUCUCCAGAACAAAUAGACCGGAUGUCAUACAAUGAGAAGUCAGAUAUAUGGUCCCUGGGGUGUUUGCUGUAUGAACUCUGUGCAUUGUCCCCUCCAUUUACUGCCUACCGUCAAAAAGAACUUGCAGUAAAGAUCAGGGAGGGGAAGUUCAGAAGAAUCCCGUACCGGUACUCUGAGGAACUCAACAACUUACUGUGCAAAAUGCUCAACCUGAAGGACUAUCUGAGGCCCUCUGUGGAGUCUAUUCUCCAGAGCAGCCUGUUGGCCGAGGCGGUUGCUGAGGAGCUGAGGAGGGCACAGGCUCGACUCCAAAGGAGGGCGGCAGACUCCGACGGUCCUCCUAACAAAGCGGCUGACCCGACACCCGCUCCCACCGCAGAGCUCAGACUCCGGGAGCAAGCGCUACGCGACCGAGAAAAGGCACUGAAGGAACGUGAGGAGAGGCUGGAGCAAAGAGAGCAGGAGCUUUGUGUCCGUGAGCGACUGUCAAAUGAGAAACUCGCAAGAGCAGAGAGUUUACUGAAGAAUUGCAACCGCCUGCAGCAGCAGAGGGAUGGCAAAGACAUAGAUUUGGAGAACCUCUCUCCGGGCACAAAGAAAGUCCACUUUGCUGGUGAGAGCAAAGAGAACCAGCGGCCUGAUGGGCAUCUGAGCGGGACGUCCCAGGAGAUGAUUAUGAGGAGGCUGCAUGCGGCCAACCUGCGCGCUCAGACACUGAAUGAAGUGGAGAAGACAUGUCAGUUCAAGAGCAGGCAGAUACUCGGCAUCCGCUGAUCUCAAAGAUACCCCUGUCUGACAUGUGACUGAUUUGUUAAAGCCUCUGAAGGCUAGUCGUUGUAACUGGAUUUGGAUGUAAAUUAAGCUGUAUUUAUUUGAUGAUUCUAUGGUGAAGCAAACUGAUUGAAUCCUCUUUAGUGUCAUGUGUAUGUUAAUGUCAAGAAUUUCAUUAAGUUUGAUGUGUGGAUGUACUCAUUUUAAAGAUGGUUUAUUAUAAAUGUACUGUAUAUUCUGUUGAAUAUAAGUUUCUCUUACAAACUGCUUAGAAAUGGGCAUAAACAGGGCAAAUUGUAUCUACAACCAAAUGUUAAAACUUAUUUUUAGACAAGUUAUAAUAGUAUAUGAAGAGCAAUCUUUGUGAACAUUUGAACUAUGCAAAUUGACUGAUUGUGAAUUUAAGCGUUUACAUUACCAGAUUUAAAAACUACUAAUUGUAGUUUUAAAUAAUUACGACACAAUAGGUACAUUACCCACCCUUAAAGACAUUCUCAGUUCCUAAGAUGCUCAGUUUGUCGUAGUAAAAUACAUAAACAUACAUGUUGUUUAAUAAAUGUGUCAAACAAAUCAC